AGGUGGCAGACCCUGACAAAGAAAUAGGCGAAUGCGGUCAGCACCGCACCAUUUACAGACAUCUCCCACUGAGCGCACGCCGCUUUGUUCCUCCGCUGCCAUGGAUGCCAGCCUCAUGGCCAACGAGGUGGCACUCUCCAGUGGCUAUCACAGUCCAGCGCAGCUCUCCACACACACAGAGGAGCCUCCGAUGCUCGCAGCUGACGCACAGGACGGACCAGAGCAGUUUGACUUCCACCAGUCUUUCGGGGUUAUGACAGGACGGCGACUGCAACGCCGAUACCGAGGCGUGUACCGAAAAUACUCGUUCAUGACGCAGCUCAUCACAUGGAUCAUCGUCCUGUACAUCAUCGUGGUGUUCGCUGUGCUUUCUGCCAACGAUUCAGGUUCAAUUGACACUUUCUGCUCUCAAAAUUUAUUAUCCGGCUCAUGUGAAUAUUUGAUGUGGUUGAACUCUACAGCGUCGGAUAGCGAACAAGCGUCUUUAUCGGACGGCGUCUUCUACUUUGCGAUCAUCUUGCUGGCGUUGUACAUUCUCGUCAAACUGGCGUUGAUCGUGCGGUGGAUCAUUUACUGGGUCAUUAUCGCCGAGCUGCUAACUUACGCUAUCACGGGCAAUUUGUACGUUUUGUUCUGGGUCGAUGACAACGAAGUGACCGACUCAGAUAAACAAGUGCGUAGCGUUAUGGUCGCCUUGCUCAGUUGUGUCGAGGUCAUAACAGUAGCGGCGUAUUGGUUCACGCAUUACGCGUAUCCGUGGCUGGUGAUGCACCAAAAAUUUAAUCUCGUGAACUGGUGGAACAUCAAACCUGGUGUUGAGACCAACUCGUUAACGUACCGUUCGAAAGCUCGAUUUUACACCAGAAAGCGCAGCGUUGUCAAAUACUGCGGAGGAUUGAAUUCACAGGGCCAGCCGCACGGAUUUGGUAUGUGGACGGACACGGCGUAUCACGGCGAGAGAUUGACAGGCCAAUGGGAGAAUGGCGUUCCAGUUGGCCCGUUCCGCAGCUUUGAACAUGGAAGUGGGUACUCGUUUGUGAACAUUCGCAUUGGUUUCUGCCACAAUCGAGGCGAGAAGACCCCGACGGAUAUAUUUUUCUUCCCGAAACACUCGGAGAAUGGGUUAAAUUGGGGUGUGGCGAGCGUGGAGUGUUCGGUGUCGGGCGGGUUCUUCAAAUACCUACCUACGGUGACGCACUUGACGCCGUCGUACGUGGAUGAGUCUCCUCAGAGCGCGACUGAAUGUCUUCCGGCACUGCGAACCCCGACGGAUGGAGUUGUUUUCAACCAUAGAGAUGAAGAAGCGAUGUUGCGUGGACAAUCGCGCAAAGAGCGAGACCGUGCCACGAGACGGAAUUUCUAUCGGGAAGAGUCUGCCCCUGUACUUGAUCUCCCUAGCAGUGAGGGUGAGGAAGGCAAAGAAGCGCUGGUCUUGCUACACGGCUACAACUGCUCUCUGGACUAUGGCAUGAAUCGUCUGGCGCAGCUUCUUGCACUCGGAGACUUCCCGUCGUAUAUUCACCCAUUUGUAUUUAGUUGGCCAAGUGGAGGAGUACUGGCAUAUUUUCAAGCCAAAGGAGUUGGAAGCGAGAGCGAACGCACAGCUGAUGACUUUAUCUUGUUCUUGAAGAGCUUGAUUGAUGCGGGGUACACAAAGCUGAACAUCAUUGCACACUCUAUGGGAGCGCGUGUUUUCUUCAGUGCUCUAAACAAAGGGCUCUUGGAGGAAGUAUUCUUGCCUACAGGAAGUCACAGCAAUGUCGCUCGUAUGACAAGGAAGCUGGAACUCUCAACUCUGACGUUCUGUAACCCGGACUACGACCGCAACGAUUUUGUAAAAUACGGUGGAGGGUAUGAUCGCUCCCGGCAUUUCUGCAGUCACAUCACGCUGUACGCGGAUAGUAUGGAUGGUGCACUGUUUUACUUGGAGUAUCUCUCGAUGAAAUCCAUCGCAGGCCCGUUGAACUACUCGCUCGGUAGGCGUGGACACAUGAUCCAUCGCGAUCCUGAAGAAAAUGAGGUGGCUGGACGGUCCGAUACGCAGUUUCUAAACUGGCAGAACAAAAACCUGGCUCCACCGCUAGACUUGGAUCUAGCUUACGCAGCAGUGAACCAGCGUGCGAACUACCCAGGCGUGGCUUCAUUCGCGUACAACCGCAGCAGGACACACCCAACUGAUGACAAGUCAGCCCCGUAUGGUACAACACGGGGUGAGGAAGAUGCCCCUCUUCACUACCUCGACAUGGAUGUGAUCGACACCACUUGGAUGGACAACAACGUGCACGCGAUCCGACACAACUACUUUAAUCUCAACCCGACGAUUGUAAGUCGACGUCUCAAGACUAAAACUUUAUGUAGCUAACUCGAAGCGUUGUGUAUCUUAUGCAGGUCGAUGAUCUACGUCACUUGAUCGUGAUGAAGAAACGAGCGAGUUCCCGCCCCGGUUUGCUGAAAACGACGUCGGCCGAGAACGUGUACAUAUUCCUAGUCGCACCCUCACACGUCAAGAACAAGUGAUCUUUCACAGCUAUAACUACGGUGGCGACUUUCGUUAUCAAACAUAUUAAUCUUUUUGGACAGAACCGGAUGGGGCAGUUGACGAUUAAAUUGACAUUUCUCUCAGCUUUCAAGAACCAUGUGGAAUACUCUUUGCUCUGUCGUGCAAUGUGAUGUACGCCAUUAGAUCGUACUGACCGUGAAGACUCGCGCUGGGUCAAAUUAAGACAACGAGACAGAAUACCAGUGAUCCAACAAGUUGGGAUCUACAAUAUACUUCUACUUGUAACGUGCUGUAGAACAUCAA